AUGUCGAAGAUUACAGUCGUGCGCGAGAAUGUCAACCAGCUCCUCGAGUACUCGCUCAACGAGAAGAAGCGUAACUUCCUCGAGACCGUCGAGCUCCAGAUCGGCCUGAAGAACUAUGACCCCCAGCGUGACAAGCGUUUCUCGGGUACCAUCAAGCUGCCCACCGUGCCCCGCCCCAACAUGGCCAUCUGCAUCCUGGGUGACCAGCACGAUCUCGACCGUGCCAAGCACCACGGCAUUGACGCCAUGUCCUCGGACGACUUGAAGAAGCUGAACAAGAACAAGAAGCUGAUCAAGAAGCUGGCCCGCAAGUACGAUGCCUUCGUCGCUUCCGACACCCUGAUCAAGCAGAUCCCCCGUCUGCUGGGUCCUGGUCUGUCCAAGGCCGGCAAGUUCCCCACCCCCGUCUCCCACGCCGAGGACAUGCAGGCCAAGGUCACCGAGGUCAAGUCCACCAUCAAGUUCCAGCUGAAGAAGGUUCUGUGCCUGGGUGUCGCUGUCGGCAACGUCGGCAUGACCUCCGAGGAGCUGGUCGCCAACCUGAUGCUGGCUAUCAACUACCUCGUCUCCCUGCUCAAGAAGGGCUGGCAGAACGUCGGUAGCCUGGUCAUCAAGGCUACCAUGUCUCCUCCCCGCCGUGUGUACUAG